UUUUUUUCUUGCGCCCCCCUCUCUACCUCUCCAUCCCCAUCCUUAAAACUGCUGCAAGUCCUCCUCUUUUACUAUUUGAGACCCUGUUGAGUGUCGCAGCAGCUGGAAGCACCUCUGAGCAGCACUGUUAGACCCGACAUGAGGCUGAGACUCGCCACUCUCGUGUGUUUCUUCAGCUUUGUGUGGCUGUCGGAGUGCACGCCUCCGACCUGCUACUCCAGAGCGCUCGGCCUGAGCAACGAGAUCAUGGUUCUGCUGGAGAAAAUACACACCUACCAUCGCACGAAAACGUGUGCAGAAGUUCUACCUACGAUCUUCCUUGAUGUGCACAACGCAUGUGUCACAGCCAAGAUCCGUGACUUCCUCUAUGUGGUGCUGAACCAUCCCAACCAGUACUGCAGAGAGCGUCCCAGAAUGGUGCUGCUGAAACGUAAAAUCCAGAAUCUGUACACCAUCAUCAGCAGGAUGUGUUAUCGGGACCUGGUGUUUUUCACAGAUGACUGUGAGGCAAUCGACACUGGACACACUCGCCCUCACUAUGACGAGGACAGACUUCAGCUGCUGCAAGAGGAGAGAUGAGCAGCAACACGCAGAGCAGAUCACAGAUGUGCGUCUGUCUAUUUCAUUCAGAGAAACACAUCAGCAAUAUGUAGACUGGUAACACAUACGCACCACAGCCUGCACUGUACUAGACACUGCAUCAUAAGCGAUACACACACACAGUGCUGUUUCAUGUCGUACCUAGUUGGCUCUGUGUUAGCCGCGCACUCAUGUUAGUGGACAAGUGUGGCUGCAUUCCAGCAAAGGAGUGCAGAACUUUCCACAGGAAAUUUGCUGAAUGCCAACCAUGCCGAUGAAAACCUUGAAAUAAUAAACCAAUAAGAGAUGCUUGUGAGCCGGGCUUAACCGCUGCUUACUUACCAGGCCUGAUCAAAGGUUCAUGUGUCAUUAAGAGAAAUAUGUUGUGUUGCCUUAACCCUUGGUCUGACUAACAUGUCUUAAAGGAGCACUGUACAGCAUUUUGUAAACAUUUGACCAGUGGUGGCUGAAAAUGUUAUGUAAGAAAUAGAUGCCCUAAACAUUUCUUUCCCACACUCACUUGUAGAGUGUGUUCCUUGGGAAUUGUCUCACUUUGAAGAUAUUUUUUACUUUUGUUUCAUGCCAAAGAAGUUGCUACAGAUUGUGCAGAUUGCACAAAAUAAAUAUUUCCAUGCCCGUGAGGAGAAUAGAUAUAAACUAAGACAUAAACUUGCCUGUUUUUCUGUACACUUAAUGACAGUCUAUACACAGUGUGUCCCACAUUAUGUAAUAAAACUCUCUGUAUGUA